GCAGCCAGUGUACCAAAAACAAGCAUCUCGAUUGAAACUGUCAAAGCAGACGAGGCAGAGUUGCCGGAGGCUGGCGCUAUAGCUGGUGCACCGCCCUCUGUAGUGCCUAUGCCAGCUGUCGGGGCCCCUGCCACAGCACUUGGAGCGGACACGUGGCAGGCGGCGGGAAGGGCCAAGGCCUUGGUCAUGUUGAGGGUGACUCCGAGCUGGGCGCUGUUGCGGAAGGUCUCACACAGGCACUGCGCGUCCGUCUUCAGCACCGUCUUCAGACCCGAGCAGCACGUCCCCUCCGGCUUCGUCGCCGUUCCUCCCGCCGUCACGUACGACAGACAGUCCGCCAUGCUCAGCACCAGGCUCGAGCAGUCCACCGCCGGCGCAGGCGCCGAGGGCGCCGCAGAAACGCCGGCCGCGGCCGACAGGGUGAGGAGGACGCAGAUGACGGGAAAUCUGACAGCCAUUUUUUUCUGCUUUUCCUUUUUUGUAACGGCGAGAGGACGCGUGGAGGUGAGUAAUGUGAAUGAGGUGUCGACCUCUGAUGAUAGCUUCGGUGGGUUUAGGGUUUUUUUGGCCCACUUGGAGAUUUGGGCACAGCUAAGCAACAAAAGGGGCAAGAAAAACCACGGAUUCCUCUCCUUCAAAGAACAAUUUUAUUAC